AGGGGCGUCAAGGUUGCCAGUUGGGUCACAGGUCUACAAUUCACAAGUUUCAGAUUCAGGAAAAUGCCCACAUUAAUCAUCAACACUAACACGCCUGGCUCGAAAGUACCCCAGGGGUUCUUAAACGAAGCAACAAAUGUGGUGGCAGAGAUGCUCGGGAAGCCCGCUUCCUUCGUCGCAGUAAGAGUUCAUACGGACCAGGUUAUGUCCUUUGGCGGGACACAGGAUCCUUGCGCUACGGUCGAUCUGAUGUGCAUUGGUAAAAUGGGGCCAGACGUUAACGACCAACACACUGUGACCAUCGGGAACUUCAUUCAGUCCAAACUAUGCAUCCCUCUAAACCGGCUGUACAUCAAUUUCUACGAUUUGGAGAGACACAAUGUAGGUUGGAAUGGUAAAACAUUUGCGAAGUGACAGUGACUCUGAGACUGAGGCGAUGUACGGCAUUUCUUCCAUAUUAAGCAGUGUACAUACUUGAAAAUAUUAAAUAUCCACUAUAAUAUCUGUGUACA